UCUUAGCAGAACCAAGAAAAAUGGUCCUCCAAUUCUACUCCCUUUUCAAAAGAAGGCAACAACAUUGGAGAGAAAAGUAUGGUUCUAUUUUAGCAGUAGGAUUGAAAGAAAUUUUAUUUAGUUAUUCUCAUAGUACUAAAUUAUGAUAUAUAUUUGGAAAAUGAAAGCAUGUUGUUGAUUGUGAGGGAAAAUUACAAUGGACGAGGAUGAUGGAUUCGAGGAUGCAGGGACAGGGACACCUUUAUCCGCCAUAGCUGAGGCAUUUGAGGAGCUGUCAUCAAACGGUGGCUACCAUGAUCUUAUGCUCAAGCCUUUUUGUGACGCUUGUUCCCUUGUUUCUGUCCUCUUUGGAUCCCUAGGGAUCGCUUUUAAAUUUGCUGAGCUUGAAUAUGUCUCAAAGGUACGUGAUCUUGCAGAAGCAUCAGAAAUAUUUGGAAGUUUGAACAGUAUCCUUGAUUAUGAUGUUAGAAAUGAUACAGUGAGAACACCAGGAAGCCUUUCACGUAAUUUACGCAGAAUUCGUCAGGGUCUAGACCUGAUCAGGGCCUUGUUUCAGAAUUUUCUUUCAACCUAUGACGACUCCCUGAAAGAAGCUGCUUCAAUGGCGUAUGCAAAAGUUUGUGCACCUUAUCAUACAUGGGCUGUCAGAACUGCUGUCUCUGCUGGUAUGUGUGCUCUUCCAACAAGGGACCAACUUCUUAUGAAGUUAAAUGAGACUGAUUAUUCAGCGGAGAGAGAAAUGAGAAGAUACAUUGAUGCUUCACUUCCAAUCAUCGAAUAUAUUGACAAACUUUAUAUUUCAAGGAAUAUAAGCUUGGAUUGGUGAUCUCUUCACGUUUGCUUGGGAAGAAAGAACCAAGAAGAAAUGUCUGAUAUUCAGAAGCAAAAAAUAGUCCAAACGUACUUCUAAUUGCUAUACAACUUGCAUGUACUCUAUAUAUACUGAUGGGAGUAUCGACUAUCUAUGCAAAUUAAAUUUAUGCUUUAGGUUGGAAAUUUGUACCAAAGGUAGUUUUACUAAAUACAUCGAGUCCUUUUCCCAA